CGGCUCACAUGGAACGGAUGGAGCAGAUAAUGAGCCGGCUCAUUAAGCCUAACCCGGCUCCUGCCCGACCUACCCCUGCACCGUUUCCGCUCUUACCUGCUCCACCUGCUCCAGGAUUCGCCCCUCAGUUUCCCCAUCUAGCUAAUCCGGUAGGAAAGAUCGAGUGUUUCAACUGCAAACAGCCCGGGCAUUUUGCCCGAGACUGUCCGCAGCCGAAACGUAAUCAGCCUCCCCCUGCUGCGGCCCCCGUCGCCCUUAAUCAAGGACGAAUGGCCGCUCUGAUGGACACGGACCCGGGAAGAGAAUUCGUGGCAUACGCCCCGGAGCAGCCUUCCCCUUUGACGACAAUGGCGUCGACAUCAGGAGCUUCUUCCUCUGACGCUGCUGACGUGGUCGAUCCCCUCGAGUAUCUCCAUCUUGCCGGAAUGAUCGGAGCGAUCCGAUCAGCCCAAGGCGAUCUCGAAUGGGUCGAUCGCGACUCCAAUCCUGGACCACAGUUUCGGACAGGGGAUAUUGAUGUACUGAAAACGCUCAAGCAAUUAGAUAUUCGCGUUCCUAUCCCAGUAGGACAUCUGCUCACCAUAUCUGAAGUAGCGAACGACAAACUUUUACAACACUGCCAGAAAAAUCAAAAGCGCUUCACCUAUCAGCGCAUACAACGGAUGAUGAAGAAGAAGGAGGAAGGUGAGGAAGUUGCGCCUCUUGAGCUAGACACAAAAGAACCUGAACCCGAAGCCGCACGUAUAGCAGCGAUCUCGUUAGCAGAAAAGGACCACUUCGUACGAGCUCGACCGGUACUAUGGAAAAGUGCGGAAUAUGACUGUGAAAUUUGGGGUAAGCCGUUUAACGCCCUUAUCGACACAGGGUCUUCUGCAGUGGCCAUAUCGUUACAUACUGUCAAAAAGACGGGACAACUUGGAUCCCUUCUUCCCCAAUCUAGCAAAGACAACUAUGUCUCUUCCGACGAGGAAGAAAUGAACAUCGUAGGCGUUAUCGAGAACGUAGUUGUAAAAGUGGGACGAGUACACGUCCUUGUUAACGCGCUUGUAAUAGAUUGGAUUCGAUGUCCGAUGGGUAUCUGCAACGCCCCUGCGACUUUCCUGCGGGCCAUGAACAUGGCUUUUCAGAACUUUGUACGGAAGGCUCGUUUGGCGCAGAGCAUCAUCAACUACUGUGUGAUUGUAUACAUGGAUGACAUCUUGGUGUAUUCAAGUUCCUACGAGGGACACGUGCAGCACAUCGAAUGGGCACUGCACGCGUUACGAGAUGCAGGUUUUAAGGUGGCGCUCGAGAAGUGUCAGUUUUUCCUCACCACCAUUUUCUUCCUGGGGCACGUGGUGACAGACAAGGGACUCCAACCGGAGCCGCAGAAAGUGGCAGCUGUCAGGGACGCGCCUGUGCCUACCACUAUCACGCAAGUUCGCGCCUUUCUGGGCCUAGUCUCGUAUUACCGAAGAUUUAUCAAGGGCUUCACGGCGAUUGCGGGACCUCUCACAAAUCUGUUGCGCAAGGAUCAGCCGUUGAUCUUGACGCCGGAAUGCGAUCAAGCGUUUUCCAAACUCAAGGCUGCUCUCGUUUCGGCUCCGGUCCUUAUAAGACCGGAUCCCGAAAAACCUUUUGUUCUCAUCACUGACUGGCAGCCAGAGGUGAUUUCAGCGAUUCUUGCUCAGUUGAUUGCGCAGGAGCUCAUCACACCGAUCGUGCAAUUGGUGGACGAUCUCUCGCCCGACAUCUACUUUCAGAGCGACAAGAGUCCUGCUCCGUACAUUUUCGAGCGAUUCUUGAAUCCGUACCUUCAGUGGACUUCGUGCUUGGAGGAACCUAGGGACGAGGAUACGCUACCAUCGCGGCAGGAGUAUCUGAAGUCGUACGAGAUCAUCCCUUACGCCUUCUACCCGAGGGCAGAGGAAGUGGUGAUUGACGACGAUGACGAAGAAGAAGAAGACGACGAGGAGGCAUCGAAGGAGGGAAGCUAUAGUGAACAUAGCGAGGGCGAGCUGAGUGAGAAGGAAGAGGAAGGAGGAGGAACCGGGUCCGAGUGGGAAGUCCCGCCGGAAGAAGCGAUGCGCACGGGAACGGAAGCGGAAGAUCCGGAAGCGGUGAGGAAGCGCGAAGAAAUUACCGCCGGGAAGCGCCAGCUGGCCUUCGCUAGCGAGGCUAGCCUGCGCAUCGGUAGCAAUCCAACCAGGGAUCCGGAGCCGUCGAGGCCCGAAGAUGGCGACCUUGCAGCCGCCACCUCAAGUACCACACGACGGAGACGGCACCGAUCCCCCUCCUCCUCCAGCCCCACCCGUUCCCCAAUUCGCCCACGUACCAAUGCGGGCGAUAGGCCUUCGACCUCGGACGCUGACCCGCCGACCCCUUGAUUUUCUCACCCUCGAGCAGAUCCGUACCCCCGUCACCUUCCCUUCCCAUCCUUUCCAUCCCCAUCUCUUCCGCGACUUCUAUUCUACCCGUCUA